UCUUAUUCAAAAUGCGUUUAUCCCGUAUCCUCACUGCUAUAUCCCUCCUGCUAUCGCCAUUAAUAUCCUCUCUUCCCCACGAACAGCUCGAUCCUCAGCUAUCCAACCUUUUUGGAAAUGACACCACGACAGACGGGCAUACCAAUAACUGGGCUGUGCUAGUCUGCAGCUCUCGGUACUGGUUCAACUAUCGUCACAUGGCCAACACACUCGCAAUGUACCGAACCCUAAAACGUCUCGGUCUUCCAGAUUCCAACAUCAUCCUCAUGCUAGCCGACGAUGUGGCCUGUAACGCACGCAACGCCUUCCCUGCGACAGUCUACGCCAACGCCGGAAAAAUGCUGGAUCUGUACGGAGAAGGGAUAAAGGUUGAUUACAAAGGGUAUGAGGUAACAGUGGAGAGCUUUUUAAGGUUAUUGACAGGCCGGCAUGAUGCUACGGUUCCGCGCUCGAAACGGUUAUUGAGCGAUGCGUCGUCGAAUGUGUUCAUCUAUAUGACUGGUCAUGGAGGAAAUGAGUUUCUCAAGUUUCAGGAUAAUGAAGAGGUUUCGGCGUAUGACGUUGCGGACGCUAUCGAGCAAAUGUGGGAGAAGAGAAGAUAUAACAAGUUGCUUUAUGUGAUUGAUACCUGUCAAGCAAACACAAUGUACUCCAAGUUUUAUUCUCCCGAAAUCAUCGCUACGGGAUCUUCAUCUUUGGGCGAAAGCUCGUACUCCCAUCACAAUGACAUGGAUAUCGGCGUCGCAGUCAUUGACAGCUUUACCCACAACGUCCUUCAAUAUCUCGAGACAGUGGGCAAGACUUCACGUAACAGUCUUCAGGAAUUCUUCAACACGUAUGAUCCUGCCAAAAUCUUUUCUCAUCCUGGAAUAUCAACUUCCCUGAGCAGUGUCCCUCCGGAACAAAUCCUUAUUACAGACUUUUUCGGAGCUGUAGCUCGAGUUGAAAUAUCGCCCCAAAGUGCAGAGCUGCCCUUGGAAUCUCGACUAAUAGCUUCCAAAGAUGGUUGGGAGCAUACGAGCUUGAGUAUCAACGAUGGUAGUCUUACGGAGGAGAUACCCGAAGUGUUACCUAGGAAGAUAGAAGGGACCAAGAAAGGCAAUGGGGAGUGGAAUCGGCCUCUUGUGGAUAAAACGAGUGAAUGGGGAUUCUUGCCUCCAUACCUUAUCGGAGUCGUUUCGUUCAUUUGGCUUUAUAUCUCGUUGGGGGAUAAGGAAGACAAGGAUGACAGUGAAGAAGUAAGGGAGGAGGAACUUUGAAAGGGAAAAGGACGGUCGGGAAGCAGGCGUUCUUUGGGGGAGCAGCUUUGUUUCCUGGGUAUACACCUUACUGGGAGACAAAUGAAGAGCUUCGGAUAAUUAUCUAGAUAGUAGACCACAUUCACGUUGUAUCAAUAUAACCCAUGUAUAUCCAUUUUGCAUUGAGCUUUU